GCCCCACCCUGCCGGGCGUGGGCGACGGCCGGCGGGGACGAACGGAGCAGCCGUCGCGGGGCCUCGCCGCGGCCUCCAGCACCCCAGCCCCGGGGAAUGCAGUGGCCCCCGGCCCCUGGCGCCUCUCCGUGUCUGGGCUGGGCCUCCUCGCUCACCUGCUCCGCGGCCGCCACGCUCCUGAGCCGCGCCGGCCGCGCCCCCCUCAUGGCGGCCAAGUGGUUCAAGGAGUUCCCCCUGAACCUGAAGACCGUGUCCGAGCGGGCCAAGCCGGGCGGCGGGGCGGGUGGCAAACUGCGCAAGAACUCGGAGGCGGGCGCCGCGGGGCCCACCCCGGGCAAGGGCCGCAAGAACUCGGCGGCCGAGCUGGGGAGCGGCAGGGCCGGCGCCGGUCCCCCCAAGGACAGCCGGCUGUCCCGCGACAGCCUGCAGGGUCUGAUUCAGGCCGCCGCGGGCAAGGGCCGCAAGAACUCCCGGGCCACCGAGGACGAGCCCCACCGGGGCGCGGCCAAGAGCUCGGGCUGCAGCACCUACAUCAGCAGGCUCAUCAAGGUGGACACUCAGGAGAAGAACGGCAAGGGCAGCUACCCCGGCGGCGGCGGCGGCAGCAGCAGCAGCAGCAGCAGCAGCAGCACCUCUUCCUCGGCAUCCUCUUCCCCUUCCUCCCUGGGCCCCGAGCUGGACAAGGGCAAGAUUAUUAAGCAGCAGGACACGGUCAUCAUUCUAGAAGACUAUGCGGACCCUUAUGAUGCCAAACGGACAAAAGGCCAAAGGGACGCAGAGAGAGUAGGAGAGAAUGAUGGUUACAUGGAACCCUACGAUGCACAGCAGAUGAUAACAGAAAUUAGACGCCGGGGUUCCAAAGAUCCCCUGGUGAAGGCUCUUCAGCUGCUCGACAGCCCUUGUGAGCCUGGGGAGAACGGCAUGAAAUCCGAGGCGCUGGCCAAGAGACGCAGCUCCAAGGAUCUCCUGGGGAAGCCUCCGCAGCUGUACGACACCCCCUACGAGCCAGCCGAGGGGGGCCCCCGGGCGGAGGGGAAGUCGCGGCCUCCGGAGAGCCACAGCCACAGCCGGCUGCCCCAGGACGACGAGCGGCCUGCGGCCGAGUAUGAGCAGCCCUGGGAGUGGAAGAAGGAGCAGAUUGUGCGGGCGCUGUCAGUUCAGUUUGAAGGCUCUGAGCGACCUGGCAUCAAGGAGGAGACCGUGAGGCAGCACCACCGACAGAAGAGCUGGACCCAGAAGAUCCUGAAGCCGGCCCUGUCUGAGCACAGCGAGGGUGAAAGAGUGGACCCAGCCCUGCCGCUGGAGAAGCAGCCGUGGUAUCAUGGUGCCAUCACCCGUGCUGAGGCCGAGAGUCGACUACAGCCCUGCAAAGAAGCUGGUUACCUGGUUCGAAAUAGCGAGUCGGGGACCAGUAGGUACUCCAUUGCACUAAAGACUAGUCAAGGAUGUGUCCACAUCAUAGUGGCGCAGACCAAAGACAACAAGUACACGCUGAAUCAGACGAGCGCUGUCUUUGACAGCAUCCCUGAGGUGGUACACUAUUAUUCCAACGAGAAGUUGCCUUUCAAGGGGGCAGAACACAUGACCUUGCUCUACCCUGUGCACAGCAAGGUGCAUUAAGGUUCAGCCACCAAACACCCCGGCCAGGCCUCUCACGCCGAAGAGGACAUCAGCCCGCAACCGGCAUCUCAGGGGACAAGGCUGGACUGCGCCUUAAUAAUUGGUAGGAAGUGGGAGUCUGCAUUUAGAGGUCAAAAAGUCUUUGGCCUUGAAUCCGUUCCAUGACACCUGGUUACUAACCUGUCCCUUUACUCUGUGCUCUGUUCUUACGUAGAACUCUACGUAAGAAAUCAUAACUUAGCUGUUGCCUCCACUCUCUGGAGUGGGGUGUUCUCUUUGGGGUGUGACCUUCAGAAAAGGUAAGUCAGGAGUUCAGGAACAUUCAAGUUCUCUAGAAGUGUGCUAGUUGUUACCCGUAAUACCUGGUCUCCAAACAAACCAACAAAAAGUCACUUGACUUUUACAUAAGAUGACAAAAAAAAUGAUGGUGUGGACCAGAAGAGCAUGUAAUGUUGGACCCCUUCUUGGGGAAAUGGAAGAACAGUGGAAAAUAGGGGAAUAGUGGGCACCUUGGGAAAAGCUAUCUUUCUCUCUCAAGUGUCCUAGUUCAGCUCUAGAGCCCAUGAAAAUUCACAACUUUGGGGUCUGGCAAAAGGAUUAUUUUAUUGGUCAGCCGUGUAAGAAAGUGUGUAUUUUCUCAAUCUCUGUGGACGUUUUCAUCAUUUUCCAGCAAAUUAGUAGUAUAAGCAUAAAUAGGAAGGAAGAUGCCGCUGAUUUCAGAAUCACCCAUAGAAUUAAGCGUUGGCAUCAGUAUUAUAGUUCUGAAUUAUAGAAUAAAAUAUACAACACAGAUUUCAUUUCUGAUUUUUUAAAAAUCUGAAAAUUUACAAAGCCCAACAGCUGUUUUCUUACUGGAUAAUUAUACAGGACCUCAGAUAUCUUUUGUGUCAUCUUUGUGCCUUUUAGUUGUCAUGGAAUCAUUUUUUUAUUUUUGUCCCUAAAAUUAGAUUUGCUAUGUAUUUUUAGAGUAAAUUAAAAUAUAUAUAUAUAUGUAUAACUCUCGGAUCUCAUUGUCUGAACUGGGUCUCUAAAGCCUGCAAAGUUUCUCUCCUGCUGUACAAAGCAGACCAGUUCGCACUAUAGAAAAAUAUUUUUAAAAGACUUUGAGGUUUUCUCUAACUACUAUUGCUUAAGAGAUUAAAUUAAUAUUCAUAGUAUUGUUAUCUUUAUGAUUUAUCAUGAACUGAUAUCACCAAUUUACUUACUGUGAAAAAAAAAAAACAAAAUGUGGGAAUGGUGUACUGUGAGAAGAUGACUACGGUGAGUGGCCCUAUAAACGCAGCCAAGCAGAUGUUUCUGUGAUCAGGGUUUGUCAUUUGCUUCUCAAAACUGGUCCAGAUGCAAAUGUGCUGACUGUCAAAAAUGAAAAAACUUUUAUAGCCUCUUUGGAAUACACAAAAAAAAUGUUGAUUGGGUUAAUUUUUAGGAACACAUAUCUUUCUAGUCUUUAGUUUUCAUUUUACUAUUAUGAUUUAGUAAAUAUUUGCUUUUUUAUUUGGUUAAGAUCUUAACCAAAGGGUUGUGUGAUCUUUGAUUUAAAAAAUUUGAAAGGAACUUUUUCUCACUGGAUCUCAAUGAUUUUAUUAAUAGAGUGUUCUGUCUUUUAAGUACUGAUAGAAUUUUUUAAAUGUGUAUUCGUUCAUGUACUAUAUCUUUAGUACAAGAUUUUUAAAAAUUUUUAGCAUCCAUAGUUCCAAUUCCAUUCAACAAAUAUUUAUUAUCUUACAUAUACAAAUAAUUCAUUGUUACUUAUUUUAGUUCAACAUUCUAGAAAUUAAACCUUAUUUUUUACUUAAAUUUAUUCUACAAAGGAAAUACAGCAAUUAUCCUAAUUUUAAUAAAUGCUGAAAGCUUUGUAAAAUUUUUCUUUGUGCACUAAAUGAUUUUUGGCCCAUACCCAGCAACUGUGAUGAAUGUAUAACGAAAUAACAUUUUGAAAACAGAUCUGAUACAUUAAGUAUUUAUUGAGCUUCUAUCAUAUGUUCAGUAUUGUGCUUUUUCUGUACUGUGUUUCUGUGACAGUCAUGCUAUUUUCUUUAUAUAAUUAAAAGUGGAGGAAAUGUGGAGUUUAUAUAUAGUCCAGUCCCUUCACCAUUGUACAGGAGGUUAUAAGAAGAAGAAAUAUGGUAAAUUAGUAGAAGGAGGGUUAAGCUACUAUUUUCUUCUUUAGGUUGUGACACAAGCUGACAAAAACCAGGGAAUUCACAGCUGGGUGGUGGCACAAAGUACCACAUGUUCUAAAACAAUUAGGCCCAGCGGGUGCCCCAAUGGCUUCCUUGUUAGGCCUCCUGGGCCAGCUGAUCUGAAGCCGCAUGACAUGUUUCCUCUCUGAGCUCUGAAUGCUUGGGCUUUUUGUCAUUUUGUCUUAAUACAAAGUAUUUUCCUGUAGACUUCAUUCCUGUGAGUUAGUUCUGUCUCCCAGAAUAUUUUCUGAUUCUGGAGAGAAUAACGUCUUCUAGCAAAUUUGUACUCACUUGCCUUGAAUUCAGCAUCCAUGGAGUUUCCUGCACCUGUGUUCUUUUUCCUUUAUCACACCUCCUUUUUAAAAACUGCUCUGCUCCACGUUACUAGAUGAGUUUAUUUAGUUGGUUCGUUUCAGGCCUAUAAGAACAGAGGGUAAAAGGACGUUUCUGUUUACUUUGCUAUCAUGGCUGUUUCUAUCAGGAUGGAUUUCAACCACUGGAGUUAUGUGUAUUUAAAUCAGUAAGAAUAAAAUAAUAGAGAAAUGUUAAUACGUGUACAAAAAGAUAAAUAUUGAUAUGCCUACUCUCUGGGGGGACAGACUUGUCCUUUUAAGUUAUCCAAAGUACUUUCUUAAGAAGCAUUUAUAAAAAGGGUCUUUAUUCUUAGCUGUUUGAAGUCUCCAUAAUUUGCCGAAUUGGUUUUCAUUUAUUGGCCUUGGCCACAGGAUGGGGAGGUGGGCAGAUCGUCUGUGGGACAGCCAGAAGGUUUUGAGACAGGUGGGAAAAUAGUCCUGAUUAGUUGAUUGGAUUAUUUAACUAUGUUAUUACUCUGUUAAUGGCCAUUUUGAGUGACUAAAUCUUAAUGUUCAGAAGAACUGAGCAUUUGAGACAUUCUUCAAUUGCUUUUUAAACGAGGGUAGCCUUUCUAUUCUAUUAAAAUAUCCUUUUUCAGUCAAAAGUUAAUGCCUCAUUUUUUCCUUCAGUCUAGGGGGAAAAAAGCCAGGAUGUCUAGAUUUCAUUUCCCUUCUUGUCUGCAUCCUUUUAGUGUUUAGCAGAAUUUCUUUAAUACUUCUCUCAUGGAUGUCUCUCAUUCAUGAGUUGUCUCUUUCUUAUUUGCCAUGGCCAGCACUAUUUUGGCCUCAGGAUCUCUUUAGAAUCCUUUUUUAUUCUCGUCUCCAAUUUUCAUACCCCAUUAACUUGGACAUAGAGAGACUUGGCCUGCAGUGGGCCUUCAUUUAUCGUCCUUAAUUUCUGGCCCUGAGAAAGAAAGAGAUGGUGUGUUACUGCCAUCUAAUGGAAAGAGAGUGAACCGCAGCAGGAAAACAACCAGCACGUUUAGGGUAGGGUUUUCUAAAGGAUUUCUAUAGAGUCCAUAGUGGAGGAAAACUGACGACACAGCAGUUGCCAUCUUGAAAUCUCUACUUUCCUGCGGAAAGGAUGAUUUGCAACCUAAUACACCUGUUGUCACGAGGCCCCUGGACUACAGCUGGAUUGUGUCGUUUAGACUCGUAAAUUGUAUUUUCAUGAAUGUGCUAGUUAUUUUGUCAGGGGUCUUUCACACUUUAAAUAUCAACUAAUACAUAGUUCUAACUUCUGAAAAUAUUUGAAGAUUGUAUGUAAUACAGAUGCCUAUCUGUAAUGCUUUGGUAAUUUAUAUUAUAUCCGAAAAAUUUUAUAAAAUUUCUGAAUGUAUUGCAGUAGCCAAUAAAAGCUGCAUGCCCUCCUGAAGAUGGUUUACUCUGAAAUGUAACUUUAAAUAAACAUUAUUCCAAGAAAA